CUCAACUCAACACACAGUCGGUAGGAAGGCCGGUCGUCGCACGAAAUUGGAAAGUGCAGCAGCGAGCUGUCGAUCGACUCGACUCAAUUCGAAACAUCGCGGUCUCUUAACGCACCAACAUCGAUUUAACAAACCCGACUGCCGUUGUAUUUUUGUGUAUCCAAUGUGCGAUUGAGAUGUGACAUUAGGGACAUAGGUAUUCAAGUGUGCGCGAGAUAUUUGGUUCCGCGGUGUUUGUGGGAGAUUUGCAAGACUCGAAGUGCGAUGCCAUAAACUUUUUUAACUGCCAGAAGACUAUUGUAUAACACAUUAACGAUACAUACAGAUGUGGGCGCAUUGGGCAUGUUAAAUAAUUUGCCGCCCCUACUACCGCACAUAUUUCCGUCUUCUUGGCUAAUUUUCGUGAUCAGAAUGAGGGAUUUCAAGAUGUACAAACGACAGCUGUCAGGCUUUGUGAUAUUCUGGACGUUAUUAACAGCUCUUCACAGGAAUGUGGAAGCAAAUCCUACGAAACGACUCAGCCGAAUGGUGAGGGAAGUGUACCCGGAAAUAGAGCCGGAAAAUGAAGGAAAUCAGGCGCAGGUGUGCAUCGUCGGAGACCUAGUUUAUGGAGCAGAGGAGGCUGUCCCUGCCGAGCAGCCCUGCUUGAAAUGCAGAUGCCAACCGCCAGGAGUGCAAUGCGAGACUAUACAGUGCGUGAAGAAACCCGGGUGCAAAGCCAUCCAUAAGCCUAACAAGUGCUGUCCCGACUACCAGUGCGAAUGCGAACACAACGGAAAAUUCUACGCAAACGGUGAAAAACUAGAAACGCCACCCGGUGGAGAAUGCAAGGUCUGUUACUGUAGGGGUGGAGAGGUGCAAUGCGCUGAGGUUUCCUGCUACAUAAGGAAAGACUGCGAGGGAAAACGAGUACCUGGAAAGUGCUGCCCCAAAUACGACCACUGCCCCCCAAUAGAUCCACUUCCGGGCAGAUCUCCAUACACGACGGAAAUAAACCCCUCGAAUGUAGACAAGGAAAGCUUCGAACCCUGGUCUGCCACAAAAGUUUCCCUAAACACCACAGAAGAGAUCUUGAGCCCGACAUCCCUCGACAUCCAAGACGAAAAUAAAAUCCCAGACACAAACUAUUAUGAAGCAACGACACCUAGCUUCAAAUUAACAGAAGUGGAGGAUCUUCAAAAAGAAUCGUUCCUUCCCAAAAUAACCAUUCAAGAAAUUAUCCCGGAACGCAAAGAAAUUCCAAUAACUGCUCCUCCUAAAGUGGAGCCUGAGCCGCAGGGAACUUUAAUUAUAGAGGAAGCAGAAGAAUUCCUCAACCACUCCAACGAUUUGGUUGUCACAGACGUUGACACCGACUCGAGCGAGAUAUCCGAAGUUUUCCAACAUCCUCCGCCGAUUCUGAGGAUCGGUGACAAACUGUUGUUCCUCAAGAAAGGUGAACUGGUGCCAGAGAAAGAUACGAGCACUCCUAGCUCCGUGAUAACAAUAAUAGGAGCAGAGGGACUGCAACGGGGAGGUUUUGAAGACAGCGGGGAAGUUCACGAAGUAAACAUUCCAAAGGAAAGUGAAGACACCGAUCUUACCACCAACGCUACUUUAGUUGAAAAAGUCGAAGUGCUGUCUGAAAGUAAUGGCUUCUUAGGUAAUCCUGACCAAAGUCUGGAUUCCAACGCUAGCGCCUCGGAAGUAAACACAGCAGCUCCUUACCCUAUUUUGCCUUUAUUUACGACCAAAAACUCACCCUCUACCACCACAACGGAAACUUCCACCACAGAAUUUGAAGUUGCAAGUUCCACAACAGAAACCAAUGUUCCGCAGGAUGGUUCCCUUCCAAGUUCUAGUCAAGAGAUUUCAAAUGAUACCAAUGGUACACCCGACAGCACUGAUCUACCAGAAACCACCGUAGAGGCUCUAGACACCCUUACCACUGAGGAAAUAAAAAAUAUAACAGAAGCAACACCUGCAGCUGAAGUGGAUCAUGCUUCAGAAGCGAAAGAAUCAGCUCCGAGUAGCACAAAAACCUACGACAUAAUACCAGAACAAAAUCCCGCAUACCCUCCCAUACCGGACAUAAUGACGAUAAAUACCGAUGACACCUCACAAAGAUUCGACAUGGAUCACACUGAAAAAGAAUUUCCAGCUUAUGAGCCUUCAACUAUAUCUCCUAAUUUCAAGAUUUUACCAGAGAUAUUGGAAAUAAGAAGCAACAAAACAGUGCCAACGAAUAUGACGCAUGGAGAAUGGCUGAAGUUAAAUCCACAGACUUUGAUCAACUAUGAAGCAACCCUACCUGAUGAUUUACUUAACCAACCUGCCCCAACUGAUGCUGACGACAGUACGGAAGCCUCAAAAGAUACUAACAUUACAGUACCAGAAACAACAACUGAAACGUUGACCACGACUGAAGCUACGGAAGCUAGUACUACUGUAACAGAAGUAGUAACUAAUUACAACAAGAAAUCAGAAACAAUUGCAAUGCCAACCACAAAUACUCCGGACAAAGAGGAGGAGAGUGCAAGGUCCACUGAGAGCCUGGAGGAGUCGAGUGAAGAAAAAAGGGAAUCUACAACAAAAAAGAACAGCCACGCCUCUAUAACAACCAAUGAGGACGCAAGCAUUGAAAACGAAAAAGAAGAUUCCUCAGAGGCUAAGGAUAUGUCGUCAACUAGAGACACAGUGAAUAAUAGUAGCGGCGAAGAAACAACGCCAUCUGUUUUAACCGAUCCCAGUAUGAUAGACAAAGAGUUUAGUGAUCCCAACCAAAACAAAACCAACACCGACGACGUGGAAUUCGUGGAUGCUGUAAAAACGAAAAAACCCGUCAUUGAAAGAAAUAUCGAGUUUGCGGAAACCGUAAACACGAACAAACCUGUCAGGAUAAGGAACGCCGAUCCGGCGGAGCCCUUACCAAAGCCUGAAAAGCUUAUUUUACCCUCGAAGAUCAUCACUAAGAGAGAGAAUGAUCCUGAAGAAGGAUUAGACGUUCUGAAGCAGCUAAGCAAGGAUAUAAGCGCAGAAGUAACAGAAAGGAAUCUGUCUAGUGAGGAAGAAGAAAGGGAAUCGCAAGAAAUCUUCAAGCAACUGUUAGAAGACACGAGUACCUCAAAACCGAAGAAAGAAUUAAACAGCGACGAAGUUGAAUCGGUCCUGCAAAGAAUUACUGGUACGUUUGCUCAACACGCGUUAAGGGGACAGAAUCCUGGUCAGGCGAUACUCAGAUUUUUAAGAAAUCAAGACAGUAGAAAAUAGACCCGUACAUGUGUUUCUAUAAAAGGAUUUGUCAAAGAAAGAGAAAGAAUAUAGGAAUGGAUACUUCGGACGCUGGACAAAAACGUUAUUAGUGUGAUUUUGCCAAUAUUGCUGAGACUUUUCAUUAAUUAUGAUUGUUCGCUUUAGAACAUACACUUUAUGUUAAUUAGGAUAAGUGUAAUGACCCUUAAAAGUAUUCCAUACUAGUACUACUGUGUAGGAUCAUAAUUUAUUUAUUAUUUAGAUUAUAGAUAGAGCGAAGACGAAAUUUAUUUAUAACUGAAAUUUUAUUAUCCCUAUCAUUGUUACUAGUUGACUAUAUAUGUAACUACAUGUAACAGAAACAAA